ACCCCAAGGGGUCUGUAGACCUUUUCGCGGUUAAAAAACAAGUUGCGCGAGAAGCCUGUGGUUUUGCAUCAAAAGCGAGAGCAAAAUCGGGCAACAAACCAAAAAGUUACCAUCUUUGAGCUUGCUUAUCCCUUUGCAAUGCCAGGAAAAUAAUUUUUGAUGGGUGAAAGGUCAUAACUUUGAUACUGCCGGCACUCUUGUUCAUUUGAGGGCUGCAGCAAACAUGUUGUCCGCUUUGGUUUUAACCGCGAAAAGGUCUAUAGCUAUUGUUUUCACGGAGCCUCAUCUCCAAUUCUUUUGUGGUCUUUUGUUAAUCGUCAAACAACCAAAAAAUGGACAGAGUCUAUUUUGACACUAGGCAAAGUGAAGAUUUCAUAUAGGUGUGCGGUUUUGGGUCAACACUUUAACAAUGUCCGUGUCCUCAACAUCUUUACUGGCCGUAUCGUUAAUGCUGUACUGUCAAGCCAUCUCUGUCCUUGCCGUUCAAGAUGACAUCUGYAGACCAUUCAACAAGUCAYWUGGGUUGGCAGAACUAUGCGGAUACAACAAUACGGCGAAAUUUGCCGACAUGAGAAASGAAUUCAAUUACGCUCGCUACUAUGGUCGAAACUUUGGCAACUGCACAAAAACCCUCAGACAARUGCUGUGCUCCAUAAGMUUUCCUCGAUGCGAACCGGAYGUCAAAGGUCCAUUCUUGCCUUGCAAGAGGGUUCUUSUGGAUACUCUCUCAAGAUGCGGAGAAGAGAUGCGAAAAUCCUUUAUUAGUGAGUAUUCGUKKUUAAUGUGGAAUGUAAACCUUCUGCCAGAGAAGAAUGACCCGACGGCGUCGAAUUUCAAGAAACGAUGUUUUGAGCCGCCAAACUUCAAAACAGAUGUUCGUGAAGGUGAUUUGGAGCCCAACAAGUGUUUUCCUCUUGUAGUCUCCCUGUGUCAAAAUUAUGGCUACAAGUUUACAAUAUUUCCUGAAAAGGAGCAAAAACAUCGCGCUUACGUAAUGCUAAAGAACGCAACGAAAGAGUGCGAAAAGAUGGCAUCGAAGUUGGUUUGUCAAGAUUUACUCCCACCUUGCUACAGCGACAGCAAGUACAUCGGAGCCACCUGCAGAGACAUGUGCCAGGAUUACUUCAAGAAAAACUGCUCUUCCCCGGCAGUGGUUAUUACGAAAGACGAUUGCGCCUUAUAUCCUAAAGGCCCGAAGUCUGGUGGCCAUUGCAAAGUGAUUGAAUGGCUAUAUGCCRAUGUAUGGCCGGGAGCAUUACCAAAUGACAAAAGUUCCUCUGUCAAGCAAAAAGCAAGUGGUGUGCUGUCCGGCAGUGCGAUCCUGAUCGGUUUUGCAAUGCAGCUCUAUUCAGGACUCUAGCUAACGUACUAAUUCCUAACCUGCGUGCAACCGAACUAAAACUCUUUUGGUUCGGCUGCAGRCAGGCUACCUAAAUUCCAAUCCUCUACAUCUCUAGCCUUACUAUCUAAAAAUGCGCAGCACUAAGUUCUUACCUAGAAGUCUCUCACAUUGUGUUAUAAGUUGUUACAUUAUAUUGUGAUGUUAUAUCCAUUCUUUUUGRCAAUGAGGCUAAUAACAUUAAUUAAAUUGUUUCUUAAAUUACCUUAUGYACGUAAGWUUCCACUCGCUGACUUAAUCCCCAGAUAUCAAAUAAAACUUUAACUAGUUUUUAUG